AUGUGGAGCGUGGGGUGCAUCUUUGCGGAGAUGGUCACGCGGGAGCCGCUGUUCAGGGCGGAGUCUGAGAUCGGCCUCUUGCACCGCGUGUUCGAGGCGCUCGGGACGCCCAGCGAGGCGGCCUGGGCGGGCGUGGCGCAGCUGGCCAACUUCCGCACCAACUUCCCGCAGUGGAGCGCCAAGUGCUGGCACGAGCUCGUGCCGCGUCUGGCGGGGGACAGGCUGGGCCUGGAUUUGCUGGCGGCCAUGCUCACAUACGACCCCGCCCGCCGCAUCACCGCCGGCCAGGCGCUCGCGCACCCCUGGUUCGACGACCUCCGCGCGGCGGCCGCUGCGCCGACGCUGUCGCCGGCGCCGCAGCCCGGCGCAGUGGUGGCGCGGGAGCAGCCGCGUGAGGGGCAGGGGCAGGGGCAGCAGCGGCAGGCUGCGGCGGAGCCGCUGCGGCAGGUGCAGCCGCCGCCGCAGGCGCGCGCUGCUGCGCAGCAGUGGGUGCCGCAGCCGCCACCGCAGGCGCGCGCGCCCGUGCCGCCGGCGCUCGCGCCGGCACCGGUGCUGGGGCAGCCGCCGCUCGGUCAGCUGGAUCAGCAGCACAAGCUGCAGCGCGCCGCCGCCGCCGCGGCUGCCGCCACGGCAGGCCCCAGCGCCGCGGCGGCCAAGGCCGCGGCGGCGGCGGCCGCGGUCGCGGCGUGGGUGCCGCAGCACCCGCCGGCUGUCUUGGCGCAUCACGCGCCGGCUGCUGCAUUGCCGGUGCUAGGCUUGGCGCAGCAGCAGCAGCAGCAGCAGCAGCACGGGGUUACCCCGGACGCGCCGCACUUGGCAGCGCCGCCCAUGGCCAUUGCCGUGGCGGCGGCGGCCCCCACGGCGCGCGGCAAGCCGCCGCUGCCGCCACAUGGGCCACGCAACGGGGCCGGCGGCGGCGGCGGCAUGUGA